AUGAGUGAAUGGUUGACUUCCAGAGUCCCACCAAAGUUAGCAUUCCACUACCUUGAUGAGAUUGAUGAAGAGUGCGAGAAGCUACCAAUAUCUCAAGACGUUUGUAUUGAUCGAGGUCCUUUUGGGGUGUUUAGACUGAUCAAACGCUCCUCUGACCACUGUACCGAGCCCCAUUUGGAUCUUGGUGCCCAACAAGAUCUGCCACAAAGUCUGGAAUUGCCCUUCUAUGAUGAAACUUUCGCAACGCAGGGCAAUGAACAACUAUCGCCGACAACUCAGGCACUGAUCCAUGCUGUAUUUGGUGAAGCAGUUCUCACGCCUUCUACUGAGUAUUGGGAUUUACUGCCCGACACAUCUCGUGUCACAGAGAUUUGUGAUACUCAAAGCAUGGAUGGGCUACCUGACUUCGCAAUUCCUCUUAAAUCGGCGGAAACGUAUCAGUUUUCCAACUUCGCAUACAAUCUUCAACCAAAACCCUUCGUGUCGCCAGAUCCAAAUGCUUCUGUCAUGGCAGUAUCAAGUGCCGUUCCGGCCAAUGCGGUCUUUCUACUCAGCCACUACUCUACGACCGUAAUCAAUAUGCUUACUCCCUUUCGCCAUACGAAAACUCCCUGGCAUAUCCUCUUCAUCCCUCAUGUCAAAAGUUGCCUGGCUGCUAUUGCAAUGGGUGAACAGCUAGAUCACGCUAGUUAUUGUACAUUCUACGGUACAUUGGCACUCAGUGCCUUCAGUAUGAGUGGAAUAGCGCGAUAUGACAGCUGGCUCGAGGAGGGCAAAGUCUAUAAGGAACGAGCAAGGCAGCACGUCCGAAUGAUGCUAAGCACCGCCUACAAUAUCCCGAAAUCUGCUAAAUAUAAGUGCAUUUUAAUGGCACUGAUCACCAUGGUCCAGCUCUCCUUAUUCUCUAGGAAUAGAGAUCAGACUGAGUGUUACUUCCUCGAGGCGGAGAAAUUCAUCCGCUUACGUGGCCUCCAUCGUCGAAAGUCUCGAAAAGUUCGCCUUCUUCAUCACUGCUACGUUUUCGAGCGCUUGUUCUAUGAGAGCACGUCCGUCGCAAAAGCAAACUCUAACCAACGCACCCAUUUGCUCAAGGCCGUAGUGUCAAGCGGCAUAGUAGCCUAUGGCCAAGACAGCCCGUCCUUCCGGCUGCCUGGCUUUCGCGAUCUAGAACAAGAGAUGCAAAGGAUAAAAGAACAGGAAGAAGGAGAGAAUGACUUGCACCUAGAACGGAUCGGAGAUUUCCCUAAAACUCUGUAUCCGGAAGUUUUUGGCGUCCCAGAGCCCUACAUGCUGUUAUUGUCUCUCGUCAUCCGCCUAGCCAGAGAGAAGGACGGUAGUGAAGAGCUUAUUACAAAGCCGGCAUCCUCACUGAAGGAUUUUAUGACGCAAGCAAAGGCUGUCGAGCGAUCCAUUCUACACAUGCAUCCGGCCACAUACGCCGCUGCCAUUGCACAUAACCUUAAAACCCACGAUAAUCAGGAAGUAAUAGAAAACAUGCUCACAGCAAUCCAGCAUGCUUUGGCCAUAUACUUCUACCGGAGAGUGUAUGAUCUAGAUUCUGCUCUACUGCAGCAGAGGGUGAUGGCCGUUCGAGACUGUCUUCUACGGUGCGAAAAUUCUGACCCACAUGCAGUGUAUGGAUCGGCUGGGUUUAUUUGGCCGGCCUUCAUUGCAGCCUGCGAAGCCGACGAUGAAGCGGUCCAGGCUUCGUUCUCCAACAUCUUUCGCAAGGUCGCCGAGAGAAGUGGCUUCUCAGCCUUUGCGGAUACUCUGACCGAUAUAAAGCAGAUAUGGUUGAGGAGGAAUACGCAGAGUAUUGUUAAUGUACCAUAA